UCUCUCCCUGUGUUACGGCCGAGGCUCGCGGGCGCUGCGCGGAGGACUGAGUGGAGGCGCGGCCUGCCUCCCUCCAUAGAGUGGCGCGCCCGCUCGGCCGACCCGCGGGGAACGAGAGCCAGGCUGCUUCGCGGCGCCGCAGCGCACGCUUCCUGGGAGUUGGUGAUUGUCUUUGAAGAAACAUGAAGUCACGCUCUGUUGUUAUGCUUACUGUAGCCAUCCUGGUGUUCCUGACAUGGGUCCCCAUGUCACUGAGUUGUAACAAAGCACUCUGUGCUAGUGAUGUGAGCAAAUGCCUCAUUCAGGAGCUCUGCCAGUGCCGACCUGGAGAAGGAAAUUGUUCCUGCUGUAAGGAGUGUAUGCUGUGUCUUGGGACGCUUUGGGAUGAGUGCUGUGACUGUGUUGGUAUGUGUAAUCCUCGAAACUACAGUGACACGCCUCCAACUUCAAAGAGCACAGUGGAGGAGCUUCAUGAACCCAUCCCUUCUCUCUUCCGGGCACUCACAGAAGGAGACACUCAGUUGAACUGGAACAUUGUUUCCUUCCCUGUUGCAGAAGAACUUUCACAUCAUGAGAAUCUUGUUUCAUUUUUAGAAACUGUGAACCAGCCACACCACCAAAAUGUGUCUGUUCCCAGCAAUAAUGUUCAUGCACCUUAUUCCAGUGACAAAGAACACAUGUGUACUGUGGUUUAUUUUGAUGACUGCAUGUCCAUACAUCAGUGUAAAAUAUCCUGCGAGUCCAUGGGGGCAUCCAAAUAUCGCUGGUUCCAUAACGCCUGCUGUGAGUGCAUUGGUCCAGAGUGUAUCGACUACGGUAGUAAAACUGUCAAAUGUAUGAACUGCAUGUUUUAGAGAAGGAAAUGGUAUGCACACCAAAGCAAUUUAGUCAAGGGUAUGAAAAGCUAUUCAGUGAUGUCUACUGGUUGCACCCGAAUGCCAGCAGGUUGGGAAGAUGUGAAGAGUUUGGAUUGAGUUACUUCUAAAGUAUGACAAAUCCGGGAUUGUGUUAAAUUAUGUUUAUAACUGCUCUUAUUGAUCUUACUGCCCGCUGGUAGCGAUAAACCCUUUCUUCUAAACACAUGUACAGCUUUGAUCACGUGAGAAGCAAGUGCGUAGAGAACACCUUGAGAGAGGAGAGGUUUCUAACACAAAGCCUGGUGUCAUUUUCUUGUCACAUUCCAGAAGCCUUUUGUGUCGAAGGUUUACAGCAUGUUAACAUAGGUUAUGAUUUCUUCAUUGUACUACUCCUAGGACACUGGGUUUUUAGAGUUGUUUGCCAUUUUUCACUGUGCCUGGUAUUAUUUACCUGUUCUAUAAGUAGGGUAGAUAUCCAAAUAUAUCACCCUGUGUUCUCACCAAAAAAUCACCAUAAAAAGCUUAAUUUCAGACCUCUUUAUGUUGGUUUUAGAAGGUAAACGCUUACAGUAUUUUACAAUUUAAAACACUUCCGUAGCCGAAUCCACCCUACGCUACACAUACCGACAAAGCUGUAGGGAAAGUUUCUCCUCCUCCUCCAUCCCCGGCCCAAAGUACUGCUGUAGGUAGUGAUGAAGCAUCUUUACCAAGAAUUGCAGGGCACACCUAUGAGGCUCUGUGAAAUACACUGCUAGGGUAUAUAAGAAGGGAGAGCUUUCCUCUGACUUAAGGUACCAGCUUAAAUAGCUCCAGGAAAGGGAAACCACUGCCAACCGGACUCCAGGGAAAUUUUAUGGAAAUGGCAGGGCUGUGGCUAGCUGGACAGUGGGGAUGAGGCUGCUCAGGCUUCGCGCCACGUUCUCCAGUGGACGGGUGGUUGGAGGGGAUAAAGCAGAGAGUUCCAGGAAUGAACGGGGAGGGUUGAAAAUACCCGGUAUUCUAGUGGAAGCAAACUUAAAACUACUUACAUUCAUUACGUUGUUAUUUUGUAAUCUUUCCUUUAGGUUUGUAUAUAGAUCAGGUGUUCUUGUUAAACAAGGGUUAUCACACAGUAGGAGGUUAAGACUGUGAACUGCCACCCACCCCCGCAAAAUUCCCUGUUCAAGAUGACAUUAACUCUAAACACACUUCAGAACAUUUGGGCAGCUUUUUAUAUAAUGUUUCAAUGAAGAUAAGUUUAAAUAGUAUGUGCCUUCGUGGUAAUAAAAUCUCCAUCUUCAAGCAUGAACCUGAAACGUACAUAUUUAUAUUCAGAGACUCUUAGCUUUACAGAAUUACUAAUUUCUCAAAUAGUAUGUAUUUGAACUCUAAGUAACUUUUAGGAAUACCUCUUUGUAUAUCUAAAUACUGUAGUAUAUAAAAAUGAAUAAUGCUCUUUGUAUUCAUUAUCUGGACAAUGGUUAGUUACAAGAUCAUAUGUAAUAUUAUGAUUAUCAUAAAAUGUAAAGACUUGACACCUUUUCUGCUCUUUCAGAUAACUCUAAUGAACACUCAAGGUACUUUAGCAUUUUAAAAAGUUGAAAUUUAGCUCAUGGAUGUAUUUUUUGGAUGGGAAAACAUUGGGAUGUCCUUUUCUUUUACCUAGAAUGCCUUUUUUUAUGAGUGCCUUGAAAACAAACAUUAGCUCCCUUUCUUCAUUAAUACCUAUAAAACUGAAGGUUUUCUUGAACUUACGAAAUAAUUUUAAGAAGUCUGCAGCCAGCUGCUUCAUUUCAACUUUGCUGUUUUUCAGACUCAUUUAUACUUAGGAAUAGAGGAAUGCUUUUGUGUUUAUUGACAACAUACUUAAUGUUUCCAUAAAUAUGUCAACAGACUUUUUUAAACUGCAUUUAUCUUCCUUUUUAGGUAUUCAUUAUUAAAUUUUAAAAUGUAGUAUCUCUUGUUGGGAGAAUAAUUUCUUGAACCAUGUUAUGUUUUAACUGAUUUUUCUUUCCUCUAUUUCUCCAAAUAGAAAUUAUCCCUAAAUAUAAUGGUAAGUUGUAUAUUCAAAUUUUACUUAAUUUUUUGUCUUAUGAAGGGGUUAAAAGAAAGUGUUCGCCUAAACGAUUCCAUUUCCAGUUCUAUAAUGUACUUCAGGUUUUGAAUAACAAUAUUUUUACAAAUUAAAAGUAUAACAUUUGGGAAACUGAUAGCCCCACUAAAAUUUAGACCUUCUAUUACCAUUCCAAGCACAAUUCACUUCUAUACUGAAGCUCUGAUUUAAAAAAAAAAAAAAAUUAAUCAAAAGUUAGGUUACCUUUCUUAUAACUGGAUCCAAAACAUUAAAUCUUAAGUCUGUAGGUAUUAUAAAAACCAUAUACAAAAGGUUCUUUCCUCUAGUAAGACAUGUCCUUGCUUGUUGGUUUUCCUGUUUCCCCCAUAACAUCUAAUUAUUACUGAAACUGUACUCAUAACAGUGGCACCAAAUCAAAUGAUAAUUCAAAUGCAAUGUCUUUGUUUACAGAGAUGC